UCCCCGGCCAGUGCACCUCCGGCGCUCUGCCGAGUCGAGUGUACGCCGCUCCUCUGCGGUACUUCUAACUUCACCGGCAUUUGCGUCUUCUGCCCCAUGGAGCUAAUACUCUUCGUGGGAGCGGCCGCGGUUGUGGGCCUGGCCGCACUGGCGCUGUACCGGAGGUGGACUUUCUGCAGGGCCGUCGACAAGAUUCCCGGCCCUCUGGCGUUCCCGCUGAUAGGGACUACGUACAUAGCGUUCCUCGUCGAAAGGCAAGACAGACUUCGUGUCUUCGACAAGGUGACGAAACAAUACUGGCCGAUAUUCCGCGGCUGGAUGGGUCCGAGUGCCUCAAUAAACGUCAGUAAACCAGAGCAUAUCGAGAAAAUCCUGGCGAGCAGCGAGCUUAUCAGCAAGGCGGCCAAUUACCGCUUCCUGUUCCCCUGGCUCGGAGAAGGCCUGCUGACAAGUGCUGGUCAGAAGUGGUUCUCGCACCGAAAGAUGAUUACGCCAGCUUUUCACUUCAAGAUCCUAGAUAAUUUCGUGGACAUAUUUGGAGAGAAUUCACAAAUACUGGUCGAGAAGUUGAAGAGCAAAUCGGACGGGCAUGCCUUUGACAUCUACCCAUACAUUACGCGUUGUGCCUUGGAUAUCAUUUGUGAGACGGCCAUGGGAACAUCUGUCAAUGCCCAGAAUGAAACCGGAUCAGAAUAUGUGUCAGCAGUGUACAACAUAAGCGCUCUCACCAUAAAAAGGAUAGUGCGACCAUGGAUUCACAGCGACUUCAUCUUCCGGAGAACUAGUACCGGGAGAGAAUACUACAAACACUUGGACGUUAUACACAGUUUCACGAAGAAGGUCAUUAAACAAAGGCAAUUAUCGCGGAAGUUGAAAGAGGGUGUGACCAAAGACGCUCUCGUGGACGACAUUGGUCGAAAACGACGUUUGGCAUUCUUGGACCUCCUACUAGACGCUUCCGAGAAUGGACAGAAACUUAGUGACCAAGAAAUACAGGAAGAGGUCGAUACAUUCAUGUUUGAGGGCCAUGACACGACUUCAGUUGCCAUGUGUUGGGCUCUUCUUCUUCUGGGACACCAUCAGAACGUCCAGGAUAAACUUUACUCAGAACUGCACGAUAUAUUCGGACAUGACAAAGAUCGCCUUCCAACGUUGCAAGAUCUUAACAGUAUGAAAUACCUCGAGAUGGUCAUCAAGGAGACGCUACGCCUAUAUCCUAGUGUGCCGUUUAUCGGGAGGAAGGUCACCAAAGAUAUCGAAAUAGGCGGCUACGCUGUGCCGGAGGGCGCCAUGCUGAACCUGCACAUCUACCACGCCCACCGUGACCCCGACCACUGGCCGGACCCGGACAGCUUCAACCCGGACAACUUCCUGCCGGAGAGGGUGCAGGGCAGGCACCCUUACGCUUACGUGCCCUUCAGUGCCGGGCCACGCAACUGUAUAGGGCAGCGUUUCGCCAUCCUUGAAGAGAAGACAGUGCUGUCGCAGAUCCUGCGCAACUACCACGUGCAAACCUUGGAUACCCCAGAGGACACCAAGGUCGCCAUAGAACUCAUCCUGAAGCCUGUUGAAGGGAUAAUGGUACGCCUGACGCCGAGGUAGCAACGAGAGAAGCUGCUCGUAAUUACCUCCUUCUCGAGGCACACUUUUCAAAAGCCUUGAAUAAACAUUCUUAGUUCCUA